CUCUGGAUUUUUGGGUCGGUGAACUCUAGGCAUGGAGAGGGAGGUAUCUCCACCACCUCCUCCACCCUACACUACAGAGAGGGCAGCCCUUCAUUGAGGCUGGAUGUGUACAUUUAUGACUACCUGAUCAAACGCAAGCUAAUCACGACUGCUGAAGCCUUUGUGAAAGAGACUGAAGCAAAUCCAUUUGUUACUGAUCUCCAAAAAAUUAAUGUUCCUGGAGGACUCCUCUCUGAUUGGUGGUCUAUAUUUUGGCCAAGCUUCAUUUCAAGUCCAGGUGAUCUGGCAUGCCCAGAAUUGAGCCAGGGGCAUGCACCAGAGCAAAAGCCAUUGGAGGUGGGCAACCACUUCAGUUUAGAAGAGGAGCAUAUGCAGCAAAGAGCUGCUACUUCUGCCAAUUCAGAUAGGUUAAAUGAUGCCACAUUCAACCAUACAAUGCGCCAGGAUCGUGUUGCUGAUCCAGCUCAGAUGCAUUCUCAGCAGUCGCACCAAGUCCCUGGUGUUGACAGGAUGGACCUACCAAAUUCACCUGUCUACAAGAGGCCAAGGGAGCUUCACUCGGCGUGGGGGAUCAUUUUCUACAAGUAUUCCACCUUGGGGCGACAUCGUUUUCGGGUUUUCUUGCAAGGGGAACUAGCUCAAGACGCCGCCGCCGAGGGAGUCGUAUAUGAAGUGAUCGCGGAGGCGAAAGAGCACCCGGAGCAAGUCCCACAGGGGGUUCGCAAGGAUCCGGCCCAAGGCCCGUCUGCCCCUGACUCUGAGCAACAGCCCAAAGGUCCCGCACCCGUAGACUUCUGUCCGUGUUGCGCCAAGUUCGUUCGGUUGGACGUGGAGGGGUGGAGUGUUGAGGAUCCAGGCGCGUAACUUUAGAUGUGCAUGGGAUUGCACACUCGUGGGCUGAGUGCGCAAUUCUUAUCUGUUUUUGGAUGCGGUAGUGGGUAGAUUCCAUGUUAUCCAAACUUUGUAUAAAGGGCAGAUACUCUUGUAUAAUAUUAUGUAUUUCGAACUCGGUUUGUAAAACUCUUUAUUGUU